AUGAGAGUUGUGGAGCUUAAAUAUAUGAAGCUGCAUCAAGUUUGGCAGUUAGGCGUCAAGGACAUGAAGGCCGUUCCACUUCCUCGCCCGAGAGCAGCUCCAAAAAGGCGAGCGUGGAUACUUGCCGUUGCAGCUUUUAUCUUCAUCGCACUAGCCUGGGCUUAUCUGUAUCCUCCCCCGCAUUACACUUCUCCUGUGAGAGACUGGCUUCCUGGAAGGCUUCCUGCGGAGCCUGCCAGGGAAUUGACUGAUGAAGAGAGGGCCUCGCGUGUUGUUUUCAGACAGAUCCUAACAACACCUCCUGUUCGGUCCAAGAAUUCGAAAAUAGCUUUCAUGUUCUUGACUCCGGGGACAUUGCCAUUUGAAAGAUUGUGGGAAAAGUUCUUUGAGGGCCAUGAGGGAAGGUAUACAAUAUAUAUUCAUGCCUCAAGGGAGAAGCCAGAACAUGUCAGUCCCAUAUUUGUUGGUCGAGAGAUACACAGUGAAAAGGUAACUUGGGGUAAAAUUUCUAUGGUUGAUGCUGAGAGGAGGUUGCUGGCAAAUGCUCUACAAGACAUUGACAAUCAGCAUUUUGUUUUGCUAUCUGAUAGCUGUGUACCUUUGCACAAUUUUGAUUAUGUAUAUGACUACCUGAUGGGGGCAAAUCUCAGUUUUAUUGACUGCUUUUAUGAUCCUGGACCACAUGGAAAUUUUAGAUAUUCACAGAAUAUGUUACCUGAGGUUACAGAGACUGAUUUUAGGAAGGGUUCACAGUGGUUCUCAGUCAAACGUCAACAUGCGUUGAUGAUUAUUGCAGAUAGUCUUUAUUAUACUAAGUUCAAGCUUCAUUGCAGGCCUGGGAUGGAAGAUGGUCGCAACUGCUAUGCUGAUGAACAUUAUUUGCCAACAGUAUUCCAUAUGAUGGACCCAGAUGGAAUUGCUAAUUGGUCUGUAACCCAUGUUGACUGGUCUGAAGGGAAGUGGCAUCCGAAAGCUUACAGGGCAAAGGAUGUCACUUUUGAUCUUCUGAAGAAUAUAACAUCAAUUGACAUGAACCACCAUGUCACUAGUGAUAGCAAGAAAGUGGUUACAGAGAAGCCCUGCCUAUGGAAUGGAGCAAAGAGACCGUGCUACCUGUUUGCGAGGAAGUUCUACCCUGAAUCCAUAAAUAAUCUCUUGACCUUGUUUGCGAAUUAUACACUUAUUUGA